CUGAGGGCAGGGUUCCUCACGCUGAGGACAAGGUACCUCACACUGAGUGCAAGGUACCUCACACUGAGGACAAGGUUCCUCACGCUGAAGACAAGGUUUCUCACGCUGAAGACAAGGUUACUGACGGCGAGGACAAGGUUCCUCACGCUGAGGACAAGGUUCCAAACGCAGAGGGCAAGUUUCCUCACGCAGACGACAAGGUGCCUCACGGUGAGGACAAGGUACCUCACACUGAGGAUAAGGUACGCCACACUGAGGACAAGGUUCGUCACGCUGGGGACAAGGUACCUCACACUGAGCACAAGGUUCCUCAAACUGAGGACAAGGUACCUCACCCUGAGGACAAGGUACCUCACACUGAGGACAAGGUUCCUCAUGGUGAGGACAAGGUUCCUCAAGCUGAGGACAAGGUACCUCACACUGAGGACAAGGUUCCUCACGCUGAGGACAAGGUUCCUCACGCUGAGGACAAGGUACCUCUCACUGAGCACAAGGUUCCGCAAACUGAGGACAAGGUACCUAACCCUGAGGACAAGGUACCUCACCCUCAGGACAAGGUUCGUCACGCUGAGGACAAGGUUCCUCACGCUGAGGACAAAGCUGCUCACGCUGAGGACAUGGUUGCUCAUGCAGAGGACAAGGUUCCUCACGCUGAGGACAAGGUACGUCACACUGAGGACUAGAUUCCCCACGCUGAGGACAAGGUACCUCACAGGGAGGACAAGGUACCUCCCACUGAGGACAAGGUUCCUCACGCUGAGAACAAGGUUCCUCAAAAUGAGGACAAAGUUCCUCACACUAAGGACAAGGUACAUCACACCGAGGACAAGGUUCCUCUCUCUGAGGACAAGGUUCCUCACGCUGAGGACAAAGUUUCUCACGAUGAGAACGAGGUUCCUCACGUGGAGUAAAAGGUUCCUAACGCUGAGUACAAGGUACCUCACGCUGAGGACAAGGCAUCUCACGCUGAAGACAAGGUUCCUCACGCGGAGGACAAGUUUUCUCACGCUGAGGACAAGGCACGUCUCACUAAGGACAAGGUUCCUCAAGCUGAGGACAAGGUGCCUCACCCUGAGGACAAGGAUCUUCAAGCUGAGAACAAG